CCCCCAUCCUGCUUCUCUCUCAUAACCAGCUGCAGAAAGGAGAGAAAAUCCCUUAGCUCUAAAAUGACAUCCGGAGAAGUGAAGACAAGCCUCAAGAAUGCCUACUCAUCUGCCAAGAGGCUGUCGCCGAAGGUGGAGGAGGAAGGGGAGGAGGAGGACUACUGCACCCCUGGAGCCUUUGAGUUGGAGCGGCUCUUCUGGAAGGGCAGUCCCCAGUACACCCACGUCAACGAGGUCUGGCCCAAGCUCUACAUCGGCGAUGAGGCGACGGCGCUGGACCGCUACCGGCUGCAGAAGGCGGGGUUCACGCACGUGCUGAACGCGGCCCACGGCCGCUGGAACGUGGACACCGGGCCCGACUACUACCGUGACAUGGACAUCCAGUACCACGGCGUGGAGGCCGACGACCUGCCCACCUUCGACCUCAGUGUCUUCUUCCAUCCGGCGGCCGCCUUCAUCGACAGAGCGCUGCGCGAUGAUCACAGUAAGAUCCUGGUUCACUGUGUCAUGGGCCGCAGCCGGUCAGCCACCCUGGUCCUGGCCUACCUGAUGAUCCACAAGGACAUGACCCUGGUGGACGCCAUCCAGCAAGUAGCCAAGAACCGCUGCGUCCUCCCCAACCGGGGCUUUCUGAAGCAGCUCCGGGAGCUGGACAAGCAGCUGGUGCAGCAGAGGCGACAGGCCCAGUGCCAGGACAGUGAGGGAGAUGGCAGGGAACUGUAGGGCCCGACUCACCUGGCCAGCAGAGGCACUGGGGACAGAGGGGAGAGGCA